CACGUGCCUGCGUCUCCCCGCCCUCUCACCCUGCUUCCUGUACAUCCUGGGAAGAUGGCGAAGGUCUCGGAGCUUUACGAUGUCACUUGGGAAGAAAUGCGAGAUAAAAUGAGAAAGUGGAGAGAAGAAAACUCACGAAAUAGUGAGCAAAUUGUGGAAGUUGGAGAAGAAUUAAUUAAUGAAUAUGCUUCUAAACUUGGAGAUGAUAUUUGGAUCAUAUAUGAGCAGGUGAUGAUUGCAGCCCUAGACUAUGGUCGGGAUGACUUGGCAUUGUUUUGUCUUCAGGAGUUAAGAAGACAGUUCCCUGGCAGUCACAGAGUCAAGCGAUUAACAGGCAUGAGAUUUGAAGCCAUGGAAAGAUAUGAUGAUGCUAUACAGCUAUAUGAUCGAAUUUUACAAGAAGAUCCAACUAACACUGCUGCGAGAAAGCGUAAGAUUGCCAUUCGAAAAGCCCAGGGGAAAAAUGUGGAGGCCAUUCGGGAGCUGAAUGAGUAUCUGGAACAAUUUGUGGGAGACCAAGAAGCCUGGCAUGAACUUGCAGAACUUUAUAUCAAUGAACAUGACUAUGCAAAAGCAGCUUUUUGUUUAGAGGAACUUAUGAUGACUAAUCCACACAACCACUUAUACUGUCAGCAGUAUGCUGAAGUUAAAUAUACCCAAGGUGGACUUGAAAACCUCGAACUUUCAAGAAAGUAUUUUGCACAGGCAUUGAAACUGAACAACAGAAACAUGAGAGCUUUGUUUGGGCUUUAUAUGUCUGCAAGUCAUAUUGCUUCUAAUCCAAAAGCAAGUGCAAAAAUGAAAAAGGACAACAUGAAAUAUGCUAGUUGGGCAGCUAGUCAAAUAAACAGAGCUUAUCAGUUUGCAGGUCGAAGUAAGAAGGAAACCAAAUACUCUCUUAAGGCAGUUGAAGACAUGUUGGAAACAUUGCAGAUCACCCAGUCUUAAGGUUUCAAAACUCUCUGAUGUUAGAUUUCACAGCUGCACAAUUGAACUUACCGGCCUGUGACAUACUUACUAAAUGCCCCAUACUAUUUAUAUUCUAAUUUUCUGUGAAGAUGGUAGUUGCAAAGAAUGUGUUUAUGUACACCUAAAAAUGCCUUUUACUGCUAAGCGGGAAGCUGGAGAAAAUCCAUUCAAGAAGGAUUUAAGACCUAUUGAUUGUACAUCAGUCUCUUCAUGUCACAUAUAUAUUAAGACUGUUUUUAAACCACAAUCUGAUGUAGAAAUACCCUUGUUAAAUAAACCAUGGUUUACUAAACUUGCA